AUGAUGAGAAAAAGAAGACUUCUAGGCCUUGUAACUCUUUCUGAAACGACCAAGGGGAAAACUGUUGACGACCGAUGUCGAAGACGCAAGCUUGUCACCAGCUUCAUUAACACUUUGAUACCCAUUAGUGAAGAAGUAAUAAGUAUCCAUCGUGAUGAUAUGCACCAAUCUGAAGGGAUACCAGGGGUGUCUAAGCCGCCUAUCAUGAACAAGGAGAGCCAUUGUCGGUCCACAAGGUCCGAAAUGGAUCUCACUGAUGAGUCUUGUCUCUCCCAACAAGAGUGCCUUUUUCCUUACUGUCGGGGCUUGCCCCAUUCGCUAUCAAAAAAAAGUGCAGAUAUUAAGCUUUGUGUGACUAAGAUGGGUCUCCAACAACACGUUGCUUCUCUGGAGUCCAUAGUGGAGUUUUCUCUCCAAAAAUUGGAGUUGUUAGCUGGUAAGAAAAUAACCUAUAAGGAGAACUAUGCUCAAGUGGAUACAAAACUUAAUCACACCCUCCAGCAGAAUGGUGCCUUGAAUAUCCGGGUGGAGAGUCUGGAGAGAGAGUUGUUGGAUAAGGAAAAAUUGUUGCUUGACCGACGUAUUAAGAACAUGUCCUUUGCUGCUGGUGAGGAGUUUGGCAGAGAGGCAUUGCUUAAGUUGGGCUACCUUGAUAUUGAUGGCAUUCUCCAGUUGCACAUAGAUGACGAUCAUGGAGGAGUAGUUCCUAGCAGCAAUGCCAAGAUCACAUUCUUCGUAGGAGGAGUCGGUAAAUGA